AUGGAGAAUCGGAGCCUGGGGGCCUGCGGAGAUGACCCCUCCGUCGCCUUGAGUGAACACCGAGUCUCAGAGCGGCCAUGUGACCUUCGUGAAGGAGAUGUUGCUGUGGGUCCAGAAAGAGUGACAAAUGAAGAAGAAAAAGAAGUGAAAAACAGCAACAGGUGUAAUUCCCUGCUCCAAGAACCCAUUGCUUCAACACAGUUUGGUGGCACUGCCAUGACACAAUGCCCUAAGUCUGUCCCCUGUGGUUGGGAAAGAGUUGUGAAGCAGAGAUUAUCUGGGAAAACAGCAGGACGAUUUGAUAUAUAUUUUAUCAGCCCUCAAGGACUGAAGUUCAGAUCCAAACGUUCACUUAUUAAGUUUCUAAACAAAAAUGGAGAGACUUCUGUUAAGCCAGAAGAUUUUGACUUUACCAUUCUUCCAAAAAAAGACUUCAAAUCAAGAUACAAAGACUGUAGCACAAAAGCUCUCCCAUCCCCAGUGCAAAAGAAUGGCAACAAUUCAAACCAGAAACUCAGGACACAGAAAGGGCUGAAGAAAGCUAUGCUUUCUCUGCCAUCCAGUGGUUCAGAACUGCAAGAGAGCAGAGGGCUAUCCAACCUUACUCCUUUGAAAGAAGAUGGAAGUGUUCCUGAUGCUAACUCCAUGAGGGUUAGAAAGUUGGAAGAAAAGACCAUUUUGAAAGGAGUUCAAACUAAGAAAACUAAAAAUGAAAGCUGCGAGAGUCUUUCAGGUUCUUUUCAAAGUAAUCGAAAGGUAGAGUCUGUGUAUAAUAAAGCAGCUGUUGAAAGUGAGCCCGUUGCAGAGGAGCACCAGUUUGCUAGAACUCACUGCCUUUUCCGUGCCCCAGCGAGUGAUGAGACUGCCAGUGGAGCAGAUGAAGAAGGAGGACUUAAGUGGACCCCUCCUCGGUCACCUUUUAAUCUUGUUCAGGAAACCCUUUUUCAUGAUCCAUGGAAGCUCCUCAUCGCUACUAUAUUUCUUAAUCGGACCUCAGGCAAAAUGGCAAUACCUGUGCUUUGGGAGUUUUUGGAGAAGUACCCUUCAGCUGAAGUAGCAAGAAGUGCAGACUGGAGAGAUGUGUCAGAACUGCUUAAGCCUCUUGGUCUCUAUGAUCUUCGCGCAAAGACCAUUGUCAAGUUCUCAGAUGAGUAUCUGACAAAGCAGUGGAAGUAUCCAAUUGAACUUCAUGGGAUUGGGAAAUACGGCAAUGACUCUUACCGGAUUUUUUGCGUCGAUGAGUGGAAACAGGUGCACCCUGAAGACCAUAAAUUAAAUAAAUACCAUGACUGGCUUUGGGAAAAUCAUGAAAACCUAAGUCUAUCUUAA